ACCCAGUCAUGGGCGGAGAGGAGCUCCACACCGACGCAGAGAAGGGGGGAGAGGGGGGGGUGCCCCGCCCCUCCCCUCGCGGACACGUUGCCCAGGGAGAGGCUGCACGGGCUGCACGGAGCUCCCGCGCGCCUUCCAUGGGACGUCCACGUUCUCGGCGUCCCGCAGCCUCUCUUCCUCUCUUCCUCUCUUCCUCUGCUGGUUUCAUGGUUUCACUCCAUCAGCGGUGAGCUCGGUCCGUCAGCGCGUGCACUGUCCACUGCAUGUCCAUUACUCACCGAGCCGGGACGGGGAAGACACGGUUCACUUCUGGUCCGUGAUGCUCUCUGCCGGCUGAGAGUCCAGCUCCAACAUGUCCACCUCAGACUCGGAUUACUCCAUCGACUGGCUCGCCAGCGAUGAGGAGGACUACGACGGCCCAAAGGGACUAAGUCCUCCGCGUGCAGAGGAGUCGCCGUGGCCGCCAUCAUCCACCUCCUCCUUAAGAGAGUCUCCUAAAAGCUGCUCCCCCUCCCAGCAGAGGAGGAGGAGGAGGAGGAGGAGGAGGAGGAGGGACAACUGUGACUGUAAAGGUGAAGGCCGCCGUGGGGUCGAGGCUGAGUCUCCAGCGGCCACUCCAGUUCAGGGACUUACGUCUGUCUGUGAGCAGCUUUCUGUGGAGUCAAAGCAUCACUCGACUAGGAAGAGAGCCCACAGCGCUGGUUCGGACGGACUCUGUGAAAAGACUCAGCCAGACACCGAAAACCAACUAAUCUUGCAGAAGUGCGUGGAGCUGCGCUGCUACGUCCAGCCUCUGUCGGCCAUCUUGCGGGGCCUGAGAGCCGGAAGGUACUCUGAACGUCUCAGCAGUUUCCAGGAGAGCGUCGCAAUGGACCGCAUCCAGAGAAUAAUGGGGGUCCUUCAGAAUCCCAACACGGGUGGACGUUUCCUCAGCAUUAUACUGAAGAUAGAAGAAAUGCUUCAGAGUUGGUUCCCUCACAUCAGACCGGUCCAGACGCAGACAGACGACUGCGCUCCGGCUAAGAAGCAAAGGCAGCUUCAUGCCUCCCCUCCUCCAUCCUCAGACUCCCUCCCCCAUCUCAAAUGUCUCCACGCGUCGUCCAUCUGCUCCCUGAAGACUCCUGAAUCCUCGCUUGGCCAGACCACCGCUCCCGCCUCCCGCCUGCCCGCACGCUGCAGCCAGGAAGUGACCCAGGACAACACAGUCUCGUCCAGCACCGACUCCCACUCGGGGCCCCCGCACCUCGGCCGGGGGUCGCUCCCCUUCAAGGUCAGCUCGCCGUGUCUGGAACGACUCUUGCGGGCUCAGGAUAGCCUCAUUGCUCCCAGGACUGUGGGAGAUGGAGGCUGGUUGUCUUGAGAGAGAGAGAGAGAGAGGACGCUUUGUGCUUUGGUAAAAAUCCGAAGCUGAUCCGGUUGAGACAGGCUCUCAUUGUGGUCUCCACAGAGGAUUUA